AUGUGGUUUCGCUCUCUUCGAAAUACAGUAGCUCAGAUCAGGUACUCUAAUGGGUAUUCUUCAAGAAUCAAAAUUUCAUCUUUUCUUCUUACUGUAAAUCCAUCUCCUUUUCUUACCAAGGUUAGUUCUAUAUCCUUCUCUUCCUCUGUAAUUGUUGUUAACACCUCCCAAUUUCACAACCCAUCUUCUAAUUUUUCUUCUAUUGUAGCAUCAUACCCAAUAAAUUCAGUUGGAUUAUCAGAAAGUGAAGCUAUUUCUGCUUCCAAGAAAGUUCAUUUCGAAACAACAUCAAAACCAGACUCAGUUCUUAGCCUACUUGAAAGCUAUGGAUUCACUAAGCCCUACAUUUCAAAACUCAUCACCAGAGCACCAUCCAUACUCUCAUCUGAACCAGAGAUAUCCCUUAAAACCCAAUUUGAUUAUUUCAACUCUAAAGGGCUUUCUGGAAUUGACCUCGCCAAGGUCAUCUCUAGUGAACCGCGGAUUCUUAGAGCGAGCUUAACAACCCAAAUAAUCCCAGUAUUUGAUAUCCUCAGGAAUAUUGUUCACUGUGAUGAGAAUGUAGUUCUUAUCCUCAGACGCCACUCAUGGAUUCUUUCCGACAAGCGAUGUAUAAAAAACAUGACGCUCAACAUUGAGCUUUUGAGAAAUGAAGGUGUCCCUCAAUCCAAUAUUUCUAAUUUUCUUAUCUCCCGACCAAGAGCACUUACGAUGAACACUAGUAAAUACAAGGAGAGUGUAGAAGAGAUUAAGGAUAUGGGAUUCGAGCCCUAUAAAACUACGUAUCUUUUAGCUAUUCAUGUAAUCAAUGGGUUGAGUAAAUCGAAUAGGGAGUCAAGGGUGGCUGUUUACAGGAGAUUCGGUUGGUCUGAAGAACAAAUUCAUAAUGCAUUUAGGUACCAUCCUGUGUGUAUGAUGACUUCUGAGAAAAAGAUAACCUCGGUAAUGGAUUACCUUGUGAAUCAAAUGGGUUACAGUUCGUCUUAUAUUGCCCAAUACCCCAGUAUUUUUUGUUAUAGCUUGGAGAAGAGAAUUAUACCUAGGUGUUCGGUUUACAAAACUUUAACUUCCAAAGGACUGGUUAAGAAUCAAUUUUCCUUAAUUUCACUUUUGGCACUCUGUGAGAAGUCUUUCUCAAUGAAGUUUGUGAAAGAGUAUGCUCAAAAAGUUCCACAGCUGUCGGAGGUCUACAAAGGUCAGUUUAAUUCUCAAAAUCUGCUUAUCAGUAGUUCUUCUAAAAGAUUGUCAGAGGGAGUUAAAUAG